AUGUGCGGGAACUUGCCCUGCCGUCCGGUGCUUGAGGCAGUGUCCGCGUGGCUGAAAGAUGAGGUUGUUGUGCCCAGGAAAAAGGAUGGCUGGCAAACGGCAUUCUGCCUGUGUGUUCAAAACUCAAACAUAGCCAGCUGGUACCAGUUUGCCUCUUCGAUGUACGUGGUGGACACCUGCAGCCAUGAAGAGGGCUUCGUGCUGCGUUCUGGCCACAUGCAGGACCGCCACGUCCAGCCGCUGCAAGCCAUGAUGGCUUGUGAUACCCUGAAGGUCGUGUCGUACUGCUUAUCGCAUCAGGCACCGGAAGCUCUUCCUAUGUGGAAACCCAUGUGCGAUCAUGCUCAUUACACCGUUCCGUCAUGCGACGCCCAGUCCUGA